AUGCCUUUGGACUAUGAGAGGAAAAUGGAGGACCUGGAGGAAAGCAGUGAAACGCGGGGAGAGCAUGAACAGCUGCGUACAGAUGCAGAGAAGCGCUCCCUGGUUGAGAGCGGUCUGUCCUGGUACAGCGAGGACAGCAAGGGCCACCGUAAGGUGGGGGCUGGGGGCUACGACACGGGCAGCCUCAAGACGGAGUCCUCCAGCAAGUGGCGGAAGUCCCGCCCCCUGGAAGCCGCUGGCGAGGACGCCGGGGGGAAGGGGGAGCUGAAGAAGCCGCAGAGCCUGGGCCGGCCCGGGGGCUUCAAGAAGGGCCGCAACCCCCCCGUGGGGGUCACCUCUCCCAUCACCCACACCUCCCAGAGUGUGCUUAAAGUGGCAGCACCAAAGAGCGACCCGAAGGCGAUGGACAAGGCCAAGAUGGCGGUGAAGGGGGCAGCCCUGCAGCGGUCCUGCUCGGACGCGGGGAAGGAGCGGGGGGAGCCCCGCAAGCCGCCCACAGGGCUCAGCCGCCACCCCACUGCCACGUCCUUCGGCUACAAGAAGCCCCCCCCAGCCACGGGCACGGCCACGGUGAUGACGGCGGGUGGCGUCACCAUCUCCAGCGGCUCGGCCACCGUGGGCAAGACGCCGAAGUCUUCGGGCAUCCCCAUCAAGCCCAUGGCAGGGGGGGGGACCGGUGGCAGCUGCGGGGGGGGCGGGGGGCGCAAGAACAGCCUGGACGUGUCCAAUUGCGAGCAGGGAUUCUUCUCACCCAGCUCCCGCAACAACAUCCAGUACCGCAGCCUCCCCCGGCCGGCCAAGUCCAGCACCAUGAGCCUGACCGGCCGCCCCCCAGCCCGGCCCGUCAGCAGCACCAUCGACCCCAGCCUCCUCAGCCUGAAGCCGGCCCCUGUCCCCAUCUCCGGGGGGCCCAAGCAGAAGGACCUGUGCAAGCCUACCAGCCGCGUGGCACUGGGCCCCGUCAACCAGACCGACCGCGAGAAGGAGAAAGCCAAGGCCAAGGCUGUGGCGUCCGACUCGGAGGACCGGGUUCAAAAGCCAGACUCCUCCCAUUUGGCAGGGGAGGGCGGAGUCAAACAGCUGGGCCUCCGCCACUCCAGCGGGAGCAAGUACUCCGAGCUGUCCUCUCCCACAACUCCCAGGCUGCUCUGCAGUAAGUCUCUGGGGAGGCCGCCCAGCCUGGCCCACCUGGACAAGGUCAACUCCAACAGCCUGGACUCCUGCGUGAACCUGCACGACCUGCCGCCCAAGGUGCCUCCCUUCUCCAAGCUGCAGGACCUCGCCGAGUCGGUGCCGCCCCCCCGGCUCACCCCCAGCCCCGCCCCCGUGCUCCACAUCGACUCCCCCAGCUGCUUUUCGGGACAGGCCCUCAGCGUGGGCGGCUCGCCCCUGCUCUACCCCAAGCUGUCUGGCUUUCACCGCAGCAUGGAGUCCCUGCCCCUCCAAAUGAGCGUCCCGUCCAGCCCCGCCCCCACCGGCGACCGCCAGCAGGAAAGGACGCCGGCGGUCUGGAGCGCCGGCAGCAGGGCCUCUCUCACGCUCCCCGAAAGUGGACAAAGAGACCGGAACACUUUGCCCAAGAAAGGACUAAGUCGCUACAGUUCUGGUCAGGCAGAGGAGGAGGGAAAGGAGAGGCGUCACUCGCACACCAUCGUGAGCCUGACCGACUCGGGGACACCCCCGCAGCUGCCUUCCCCCACCUCCACCCCCCCGGCCACCUCAGGCAAAACCCCCCUCACCAACGUGGUGGCCCCCACCCCCAGUGCCAGCACGCCCCGCAUCACUCGCUCCAACAGCAUCCCCACCCAAGACGCCGCCUUCGAUCUGUACACAGCGCAGCCUCUGGGGAGCCCCGUCUCGCUGGCGGACCGGCCCAAAAGCAUGAUGCGCUCAGGCUCCUUCCGCGAGCCCGGGGACGACGUUCACGGCUCCGUGCUCUCCCUGGCUUCCAGCGCUUCUUCAAACUACUCCUCGGCUGAAGAAAGGAUGCAGGGCGAGCAAAUCCGAAAGCUCCGGAGAGAACUGGAGUCAUCGCAGGAGAAGGUGGCCUGCCUAACCACCCAGCUCUCCGCGAACGCGAACCUGGUGGCUGCCUUCGAGCAGAGCCUGGCCCUCAUGACGUCACGCCUGCAGAGCCUCUCCUUCAGUGCUGAGCAGAAGGACUCUGAGCUGUUGGACCUGCGAGAGACAAUCGAGAUGCUGAAAGCUAAGAAUACAGAAGCCCAGGCCAUUAUCCAGGGGGCUUUGAACAACCCCGAUAACGCCCCCAAAGAGCUGCGGAUCAAGCGGCAGAACUCCUCAGAGAGCAUCUCCAGCCUCAACAGCAUAACGAGCCACUCCAGCGUGGGCAGCUGCAAGGACGCCGAUGCCAAGAAGAAGAAGAAAAAGAGCUGGCUGAGGAGCUCCUUCAACAAAGCAUUCAACAUCAAGAAAGGCCCUAAAUCUGCAACGUCAUACUCGGACAUCGAGGAGAUCGCCACUCCUGACUCCUCCGCCCCGUCGUCCCCCAAGUUGUCCCACGAGGGCGUGGAAAAUACUCCCAUGUCCCUCAAGUCGUCCACCUCAGCUUCAUCCUCGGUCAUCUUCGAGGGCAACGAGGAGGUGGAGAACGACGAGAAGGUGGUCUCAGACCUGCGCUCAGAGCUGUGGGAGAAGGAGAGGAAGCUGACCGACAUUCGCCUGGAGGCCCUGAACUCCGCGCACCAGCUGGAGCAGCUUCAGGAGGCCAUGACCAAUAUGCAGAUGACCGUGGAGAAUCUGAAAGCUGAGAACGACCAGCUAAAAACUGCACCAAGUUCUGACCCUCCCAGCUCAACUUCCCAGCCCUCCGGACUGAUGUCACUGAUGACAUCAUCGCAAAGGCAGUCCAUGUCGGCAUCUGUCACGAAAUCUUUUAGCCUGAGCCAGAGUGGGGAGCCAGACACCGCUAAGAUGGAUGUGACUGGCCGGCCCCCCAACCGGGAGGAGACACGCCUUCGAGUCGUCAUCCACAUGGCUGACCAACGGGCACUCAAAGAUGAAGUGAAGCAGCAGAACUUCUUCAUAGGGUUUGUGAAGGCGGGCAGCAGGAUGGACUGGGCGCUGCUGGAUGCAGCCGUCAGCCAGGCCUUCAGGGACUACGUUAACAAGGUGGAUCCCACCACAAGCCUGGGCUUGUCCACAGACUCCAUCUACAGUUACCAAGUGAACCACAGCAAGAGGGUGCUUGGUACAGAAGCCCCCGAGGUCUCGCCCUUCCGCACCCUCAGCAAAGGCACCGGCUCUGUCACCGUGGCCCUCAAAGGUCUGAAAGAGAAGUGUGUGGACAACCUGGUGUUUGAGACGCUCAUCCCCAAGCCCAUGAUGCAGCACUACAUCAGUCUCCUGCUCAAGCACCGGCGCCUCAUCAUGUCCGGCCCGAGUGGAACCGGAAAGACCUACCUCAGCUCCCGAUUGGCCGAGUACCUGGUGGAGCGCAGCGGCCGCGAGGUCACAGAGGGCAUCGUGGUCACCUACAACAUGCACCGGCAGUCUUGCAAGGAUCUUCAGCUAUACUUGUCCAACCUGGCCAAUCAGAUAGAUCGGGAGACCACCACAGGAGACGUUCCAUUGGUUAUCCUACUGGAUGACAUUAGUGAUGCUGUGUCCAUCAGUGAGCUGGUCAAUGGUGCCCUUACCUGCAAAUACCACAAAUGCCCAUAUAUCAUUGGAACAACCAAUCAACCGGUAAAGAUGACGCCCAAUCACGGGCUGCACCUCAGCUUCAGGAUGGUGACCUUCUCCAACAACGUGGAACCUGCCAAUGGCUUCCUGGUGCGCUACCUGCACAGAAAGCUGAUGGAGGCGGAGAACGAGAGCAGCGUCGGUUCUGAGGAUCUGCUGAGGGUGCUGGACUGGGUGCCCAAGCUUUGGUACCACCUGCACACCUUCCUGGAGAAGCACAGCACCUCUGAUUUCCUCAUUGGACCGUGCUUCUUCUUAUCCUGUCCUGUCACUGUGGAAGAGUUUCGGUCCUGGUUCAUUGACCUUUGGAAUCAUUCAAUCAUUCCCUACUUACAGGAGGGUGCUAAGGAUGGCAUUAAGGUCCAUGGACAGAAGGCAGUGUGGGAGGACCCAGUAGAGUGGGUGCGGGGUACCCUACCCUGGCCCUCCGCCCAACAAGACCAGGCUAAGCUCUUCCAUCUCCCGCCUCCCAGCCUGGGUCCUGAUAGCCCAGGUCAACCCACCGAAGAAAGACCCAAGGAGACCCCACCCAGCUCCCUGGAGUCUGACCCACUGAUGGCUAUGCUGUUGAAGCUGCAGGAAGCAGCCAACUACAUUGAGUCUCCAGAACAAGAAAUGGCCACAGACCCAAGUCUACAUUCAACACUUUGAACACCAAUGUUCGGCAAAAGACUGGAUUCUUUCAAAGGCUAAAGCUGUUAUUUUGAGGACAAUAAAAAAAAAUCUCAGACAUAGUCUGAUCUAUUACAACUCAAAUAUAGUACUGUUAGAAAAAAAGUAAACUUAAACAAAGUUUAAAGAACCGAAAAUAACUAUUUGUACUGUCCUUUUAAAAUUUUAUUUACUCUAAAGGUGCAUGGCAAUCGUUACGACAUAUACAAAAAAAGAGAAACAUUUUGAACUUUUGUUAUUUUCCUCAGAGAAAAUUGUAUUAGAGGUUUUAUCAACUGAAGAAAACUAUCUGAGCUGGGAACCUUCACUGAUAGACUGCUGCUCACCGUGCCACUUAAGGAAAUAGGUGCUGAUUGGAGUUUUUGCAGUAUUCUUACACGUUAUUGGCUUUCACAGCUCGUGGACAGAAACAGCACAUAUAUAAAAAGCGAAGGCACAUUAUUGCUGAUUGUAAGUGAUGCGAUCAGAUGAUGGUCAUGCUCAAUGUAUUUGCACGAUGAUCUGAAAAAUCUCCUAGCGAAUUUUAAGUAACCAGCUUUUAAGAUCUAGACGGACCACAUAUCCAAGUUAUUGAUUUCCAGGCAAGAAGGGAUUGCAAAUGGCAUAUGUUACAACGCAGUGCUGUCGUCACAUUUUUUCAGUGUGAUUCUGCAGUGUAGGCUUUUGGGUGUUGAAGUAGCCAGACUAAUGCCAUCUUUUGGUCAGGUGUGGUGAAGGCUAAGCUGCAAGCAUAUGCAAUUUUCAAUUAAUACACCUAACGAAACCUGGUGCUUAAAAUACGCCUUAAUAUAUCCAAUUACUGUAGGUUUUCUUUGAGGUUCAGCUACACCUCAGUUUUCUUCAGUAUCAAAACUGAUUGACAGCUCAGUUUUCUAGAAACAUGUAUUGUGUAAUGUUAAUCUACAAGUACUUUAAUAAGUCGGGUGGACACAUUGCCUUCAGAUGUAUGUGGGAUGAUGUGGAAGAAUUGCACUUUAAUUUAUUUUCUACUUUGACUAUUACAGUAUGUGUUUGGUUGUCUGUGUCUUUGAGGGCAAACGUACAAGAUGUACAGUUCUUAAAAAAAAAAAAAGACUAGUAUCUGAUGCGCACUUCUUUCACCUAAACUGCAGGGGGCAGUAUGCACGACUUACUCAUGCAUGCCAGCUCUCGCUUUUCUGUAUUGCGUUAGCACUUACCAAAUGCUCAAACCACAGUUUGCGAACUGCCCUCCAUUCUGAAAUUGUAGCCCUAAAACAUGAAUAGUUAUGAUGCCUCUUAUGCUUUGGCUAAUACUGCAUAUUGUACACUUUUAGAUGUUUUGUGUUUUUUAUUGUAAUGGAGAAAAUGCCAUCUAUAAGUGAUACAGACACAGAAAUGCGCAGUGAUUUUAUGUGCAACAGAAGCAGAUGUCUUUAUACUAUCUACCUUAAUAUAGGCAAAAAAAUAUGAACAGUGAUUUCAUUAUGAUGCUAAGCUACCUUUGACAAUACUGUGUUUUCCUGCGGAGUGCUCAGCAUCGGAGGAUGCAUUUCAACAUAUGACAGCCAAGCAAUGAUAAAUAUGAACAUGAAUAUCUAUUUUUUUUCUUUGAUUCUUUCUGACCUUAUUUACUAGAACCUGGUAAGGAAAGCCUUCUAUUUCCAUUCCGAUGUUGAAUAGGGCAUGUUAAUAAGUGCACUGAGGUGCUGCAGAGUAUGUUGGCAAAUUCCAUUCUGGCUUUUCACCAUCUGCAAAUUCUGCAAAAUUCAGUCACUGUAUUUUUACCUACAGGAUUUGCACUUGUGGCAACCACACUGAGUUUAUGGUGCAGAUAUUUAUGUACUUAACCAAAUCAUAUAUUGCUUUCUUGCAUCGAGGCUUUGUAGCAAAUACUAAUAUAUAUGUAAGUGUCGGCUAUAAUUCUGUAUUUUAUAUAGCAUCAAACUCACUUGGGGAUGCCCAAGAACAACCUAGAGUCAGUGGAGAAAGAGCUCUGGGUGAGCUGAUUUGCAUGCUGCCGCCAUGACCGUCACCAGAAAAAGCAGUGUGACGAGGACAUGUUAGCCAUAUCGUUCUUGAUUUUAAUUGGUGCUAUCAAACUAUGCCUAUCUUGAUGUCGUAAUUCCUCAUUAUAAAAAUCUACGACCGGAUUUCCUCCUACGAUUGGCAGAAACGAGUUCUUAGAGCCGCUGGAGAAAGAAAUUAAACUGCUGGAGUGACUGACUCUAUGUCCUCUGCUGACUUUCCAGGGAUCGUAAAUCAAUGCUGCCCAUCAGUGUCACACAUUGACAGUUGUGAAUGGUGCUAUUUCCUUGUUAAAAAAAAAAUCAAGCAGCUUCUGUUGCAGCCCUGUGAUUCCUCUCUGUUUCACGUUUUGUAAAUUCAGAAGCUGUAAAUAAUAAGCAUUAUUUUAAGUUCCCACCCUGCCGAAUACCGUAGUAAAGAGAUACAAACAGGAAAACAUAGGCACAGAAAUAGCAAAGAGACAUGGCUGAGGACUAAGAGGCAAUCGCUUCUCACUCAUGCCGUCUCCUGCUGUGUGGCAGCCUGAAUGAGACAAACUCCUCCACCAAGAAAGACGUGUGUUGUUAAUUUCACAGUCACAGGUGCGUAAGUCCACUCUUCAGAGUCAUUCAGAACGAAAUUGUAUGCAAGUCCGUGAAAAAUGGCAAUGGGGUAACCAAGGGUAAAUAAGGGUGAAAUGGGCCAUUUUGCAGAAUAUUCUUUCAUUGUUGUUUUCAUUUUCAUAUAUUUUUCUGCCACUAUCCUCAAAUACAAAAUUAGAAAAUACAUUUCUAUGUAUUCCUAAGUGUACAUAUAAUUUUUUUUAAUAGCCCGUAUAUAACCAACCUGAAAAGGCAUAGGUAAUACAAAAAAGAACUUUCUAAAUUUAAGUGAGCAUAAAAAAUAGCAUUCUUAUGCUGUACAUUGAAUCCUUUGCUUUUCCGUUGUGAAUGUAGGGUUAUUACACACAUAGACUGCGGCUUUUCCAGAAGUAAAUGGACGUUUAAAAAAUGCUUGUCAAUGAUACUUUCUAACAAAGUAGGACUAGCUUUACUUAUGCAUUGUAUAUCGCUUAAUGAAGCUUUUGAAAUCACCUCCCUUGGUGACAUCAGAGGGAAACUGGAGAGAAAAUAUCAGAAUUAACCCAUCUUGAGAGGAUAAGAUGCUUCAUAAUUCAGCUGUAUAAGGAAGUCUUGCUAAAGUUAAAUAAAAACACGUUUAGUCAGUUACAUCAAAUUUAAUGUAAUUGGUACUACUUUCAGUUUGAGGAUGAUAUGUCAAAUUAACAAAAUAGUUAGUGGUUAAUUAAAAAAUUAACAACAGAAAUUAAUUUAUCAUAUUGAAGAUGCCCUAGGGAUGCAGACACUUGAGGCAGUAGCCUUUGUCUGGUUGUAAUCCCUGGGUGAAAUUCUGAUUGUUGUUCUAUCUGUUCCUGUGUGGGUGCCGUACUGUGCAGUGCCGUGCCAUGCUGUGCUAAAACACAGCUAUCCUGUGUUCCGUGACUCUACAGCAACUUCUGUUGGCUUCAGCAAGAGCAACAAGCGCAAAAAGUUGUUCUGUUUUUCUGUGGGCCUCGGAUUGUAAGGCAGGACUACAUCACUGGGUAUUUCUAAAGGGGCUGAUUGCAAGCUUGUUUUCCAUUUAAUGACAUCCAUACUGAUUGGGGUGAGUCUUUUGAGCCUUAUUCUGAAGUUUGCCAUGCAUGUUUUUCAGACCAAAAUAUCGAGGACCCGUGGCCUUAUCUACCUUUUGUGAGUGGAAUCUGUGACUCUUCUGCUCAAAGUUCUGUUGAGGUUGUAGUGACUGAUCCCCUAGCAAACUGGCGUAGGAAGUACAAGCUAAAAACUCUGGGCCUUGUUUAUAGUUUUCUGCAGAUUUUGUAUUAAAUUGAUGCAAAAUCCCCAGGAGACACAUAUCAUUGAUGACUACACCCAUUACUCUGAUGCACUACAGUCAAAACUGUAGUGAGAGAUAUUCAUUGAUACGUUCCUGAUGUGUCUUCGUGCAUUGGGAGCUCAAUUUUUCAGGCUUAUUUUUGUCACAUUAAAAAAUGUAAAAAAAAAAAAAACUGAGUUUUAAAAUUGGGAGCAAAGUAAUCCAUUUUUAUCUAAUCAAAUCCAUACAUACUUGUGCAUUUUUCUUUAAAUUGUACUUAUAUAUAAAUAAGGUCCCUGGUGCUUUUCUAUCCGUAAGGUGAUUAAUAUCAUAGCGGGUGGCAACAUUUGCGUGUGUUGAUUUGAGCUUUUGUGCUAGCAGUUAGGUUUUGGUAAAACUCAGAAUUUUUACCCUUCAGGAAAAUAAGAUGGAUUGACUGUAAGACCAUCACAUUCUUUAUGUAUAAGGGCAGUUAUGCUUUAAAAAGUGUUAUCUGUCAGGCCUGAUGUAAAAAUUGUUGCCUUCUGUGAAAGGCCUUAAAAUAUACCGUUUUUUUUUUAUUAUUUUUAUUUUUGCUUGGGAAACUGGCAGGGGCAGAGGGGAAGUGCUUAUAUCUAAUUCUUCAUUCCGAGGCCAAUACAGGUUGCUGCGCAGUCACACAAUCACGCAAAGUUGUAUUUUGGAUUUAUUUUCACUUUAUUUUUUAUUAUUUUUUUUGGUAAUGAGGGUUAACUAAUGUAACAGGAAAAUUCGAUGGCGUUGUUGUUGUGAAUGCAUGUCACCGUGGGUGUUAGCAAAGCCUUUUACUGGUCGAGAAAUGUUUUCCGUGCAAUUUAUAAAUUAUAUAUAUUCUUCUCCCUCUAAGAGACAAACCCUUUUCCCUCCAAACAGUCCUUUGUAAAACUUUUUUUUAUUAUUAUUUUGUACAGGAUAUAAAAAUUGUAAACAAUGUACAUAUUUAAUGUGUCCACAGCAACAACUGUUGGAGAAAAAAAAAUAAAUACCUACAUGAAGAUUACACUCUGUUCCUCAGUGUUGAGGAGGUCUGUAUACAAAUGGGUUGCAUUGAGGCAUGUUUUUAAAUUACAAAUCCAUCUGUCUAACAUUGCUCAUUUGUCUCAAUAAAGCCAUACCAUAGAGUGAA